AUGGCGGCGGGAAGAGAAACCGACGAACAGCUGACCGAGUACGAGAAGCAGCGGCUGUCGCGGAUACGCGAGAACGAGGCACGACUCGAGGCCCUGGGCCUCCGCAGCCUCGCAGCGUCUCCUCUCCUCCGCAGCCCGUCGCCGGGGACGGCCAAGGGGAAGCAGAAGAAGCGGUCCGCCGACGAGGACGAGGAGUACGUCCCGUCCGAUAACGGCGGCGGCGAGGAGGACGACGAGAGCUCGUUGGAGAGCGCGCAAGACGAAGAGGUGGAGGGAGCGGGGAAAUCAGCUUCUAGGUCACGUGUCAAGGGAAAGAAAAAGAAAUUGUCAAAAUCUGGUAAAUCUACAAAGAGCACGCGUACUAAGGGUAGUGCUUCUUUUGCUGAUGUGGUGGAUGAUGAUACAGCCUUACAGCAGGCAAUUGCUCUCUCCCUUGCGGAAUAUUCAGAAAAGCCUGUGACUGCAUUGGGUGCAGAAACAUCGAGCACAGUAACAGGAGCGAGUGAAAGUACUCCACACAAGAACAACAGCAAAGCAUCAGUUCAGGACUCAGCUAAGAACAAGAAGAUUAAAAAGCUGGGUAAGAGCAGGAUUCAGCUGACAGAAGAUGAUGUGGUUGCAUUCUUCUCAUCAUUUGACGAAGUUGGUAAAGGAUAUAUUACCCCAUGGGAUCUUGAAAGAAUGGCUACAAUAAAUGAUUUCAUCUGGACAGAUUCUGAGAUAUCUAAGAUGAUCCGUUGCUUUGAUAAUGACGGUGAUGGAAAGAUAAACCUCGAGGAUUUCCGCAGCAUUGUAUCUCAAUGCAACAUGUUGCAGGAGCAUGAGAAGUGA